AAUACCGUCUUCCUGUUUGGUGUUGCCUAGAUCUCUGAAACCAUGAUGCUGGCCAUGACACAAUCCUGGGAGUGGAGAAACAGGCUGAAAGUGUAUUUGAGACGACUAACAGCACAGUGACACCGCGCCCCUUUCAAGUAGGAUGUCUGAGUCUGAUGGCCGUGUGAGUGCCUGGAGCUGUGAUCAAGUCGCCCAGUGGCUGCAGGGGGAAGGAUUCGGGCAGUAUGUGGACUUGUUGUGUUCGCAGCACCGCGUUGAUGGCCUCAGUCUGCUGGCUCUGACUGAGGCCGAUCUGCGGGGUCCUCCACUGAGCCUCACUGUUCUGGGAGACGUCAAAAGACUGACUAUUGUCCUCCGCCGCCUCCAGAGAGAGAAUAGAUCAGAGCUAGAGGAGCUGGGUCUGUGGCCUUUAGACACUCCCCCUGCUGGACUCUCGCAAGGUGCUCCCAGGGUCGAGUGGAACUAUGGGUGUAAUGGAGCAGAUCGUUUGUGUAACGGCACAGAGCUGCGUUUGAGAAACAGCAGCAGACUUGGCUGUGUGCCUGGGCCAACGCUCUGUCAAACACACUCCAAUGGGACGUUUCAUCAGCCAAUGGCAGGCAGAUUGGAUCCGGAGGUGUGGAAGACCGUUCUUAGCUCCAUAUAUGUGUUCUUAGUGUGUGGACUGACCUCUUUUGUCAUGGUUAUUGUGCACGAACGUGUCCCUGACAUGAGGACCUAUCCGCCUCUUCCUGAUAUUUUCCUGGACAGUGUACCCAGAAUCCCUUGGGCUUUUGUGAUGGCUGAGGCUUGCGGCCUUAUCUUGUGUUACAUGUUUGUGUUGAUCCUGCUCCUUCACAAGCACAGGUCAAUUCUUCUCAGACGGUUGUGCUCUCUGAUGGGAACGGUGUUUUUGCUUCGUUGCUGCACCAUGUUUGUCACCUCUCUUUCUGUGCCAGGGCAGCACCUAAAGUGUGCCAGUCUGUCGUAUGGCGACACCUGGGGAAAGAUCCAGAGAGCCCUGGCCAUAUGGAGUGGGUUUGGGAUGACUCUUACCGGUGUCCAAACCUGCGGAGACUACAUGUUCAGCGGACACACAGUGGUCAUCACAAUGCUCAACUUCUUUGUGACUGAAUACACGCCAAGGAACUGGAAUCUGAUUCAUACCAUCUCUUGGGUGUUAAACCUAUUUGGGAUCUUCUUUAUUCUGGCGGCUCACGAGCACUACUCCAUCGACGUCUUUAUCGCCUUCUACAUCACCACCCGCCUUUUCCUCUACUACCACACCUUAGCCAACACUCGUGCCUAUCAGCACAGUCGAAGAGCACGCAUUUGGUUCCCCAUGUUCUCCUUCUUUGAGUGCAACGUAAAUGGACCCGUCCCCAACCAGUAUAACUGGCCCUUCAACAAACCAGCCUUUAUGAAACAUUUAAUUGGAUAAAUAGUUUUCAGGAAUAGUUGAGCUUUCACAUCAGUGCCUCAAAAUAUCCUUUUAUUACAUAAGUAUUUUUUUUUUCCUUAUUUACAAAAUGAAUCAUGUUUUACUCAGGUUCAAAUUAAUAGUUUAAGAUUUUAUACUUUAUACAAAAAGAUGAGAAAAUGUAAACCACUGCUGUCAGUCUGCUAAAUAUGAAGCUAGCAGCUAGUUGUCUAAAAAGCAGAAAUAAUCUAUAGUUUUAGCCAAAACUGAAGAAAAAAACCAAACACAUUUGAUCGAUCUAAGUAGGAAAUGGUGAAAAUAAUUAUUUUGGAAUAGCUUUCUGCUAAAUCUAGCUUCAGCUCUCUCAUGAUAUGCAUAUUCCUUAGUUGACAGAUCUGACAGAAUAUGGCUUUUACUACAUGUUCCCUAAUAUUUAAAUCGCACAUUUACAAAUGGAUAAAAAACACUGACUUUUAUUUUAAUAAAAGCAAAGUGUAUGUGGCAUUUUCUGGACGAUAAUACACUUUGAGUUACUACUAUCGUUAACUUCUACUUUGGGGAUGUUUACAUGUCAUUUGUGUUUUUUUUUUGUUUUGUUUUUUUUAUCUAACUCUGUUUACAAAAUAAUGCAAAUGACUGUGUUUUACAGACUAAAUCUGCUGAAAGCUCAUGUAUUUUUGCAAAGAGUGCUUCAGUAAGUGCAACCAAACUCGCCUUUUCUCUAUAUGCACCCUAAUACCUUACCUCCUACAGAUUAACAAAAAAAAAUAAAAAUCCACUUCAGGGAGAUUUUUAUUUCUGCCUUUUUGCAUCAGAAAUGAAUAGCUGCUUUGUUAUCAGUUUUAAAUUUAAAAUUCAGGUUUUAAUACUAUUGUUUUUUUUUCUUUUUUUUUGGUUGGCAUCUUAAAUAAUUACUGACGAUAUCUUAAUAUGAAGUACUUUACAUUCUCCUUUAUUUGGUUGACAGAAAAUUAGUCAACCUAUGUUUAGAUCUUUACUAUAACCUUGCCUUUUUGUAGUAAAUUGCCUUUGAUCUUAUGAAUUGAGUUAACAGCUAAGGAAAACUAUUAUGUUGGUCCUAAAAUGUAAUUCUGUGUUUAGAAAUUUCCAAAAAGAAGCAUGCUGCAUCAAUUCGAAGGCAGUUGUCUCUUUCUUCUAAAAAAAACAGGCUCUUGAAUGUGCAACUUAAACAUGAUCUGUAUUCGUGUUCUUCAUCUUAAGUGUCUGAUAUCACUGUUUAAAUAUUUGAAUUGAAGAUAUGCAGGGCUGCACACCAUCCUAUGUGACCCAUCACUGUGACUCAUCUCUCAAACACUGACCUGUUUUUGACUGGAUCAGAUCUCAUCUGAUCACGACACAUUAAGACUCCUGUAUGUUUUAGAAUAAAUUUUUUUUUGUACUCUAUGUUUCAAGUUUGUUUUUUUAAGGUUUAUAUACAUAUUAGUAAAUAAAACCAUCAUUGCAGACAAAGUGUAAAUAUUAUUUGUGAAUUUCCCACUAUCUCAAAUUACUCUCUGCUUAUUCAGUUAUUUCAGUUUGGUCUGUGGAUGAAAUCAGCUUUUCAAACAGUAGAACAACAAAGACUAGUAAAACCAAUAAGAAGGUAUUGAAUUAUUUUGUUUUUCUUUUUUACAGAUAAUUAAUGCUGCUUGAUACAGUCAGGAAAUAUGCCUGAGCUUGAAGCAGCAAAUAACUGUUCCCAGAGAAACGCAUUAAAAUUCAAUUUGCACAACCAGAAAGUCAGUGCACUCUCUCGUGUUCUGUAAUAAUAUGAAAUCAUGACAUCUUAACUCACACAAAAUGCAGUCAAUUCUAAUUGCAAUGUUGCUUUCUUAGCUGUAAUAAACCCAAAUUUGACUGAUGCUUUAAUAAACUA